GGCCUUUCCAGUUUUAUGCGAAGCCCAAAAUUGAAAAUCCCAAAUCAGAAUUAUCUUUCUGCUUCGUCGUCGAGUUGUGCAAAACCCCCAAAAGUAACCAAUCCCAAUUCUCAACCUAGCAAUCGCAGCAGGCCUCUUCGGCUCCUCCAUCUUGCUGCCGGGCGGACGGCUCAGCCGCUAUUCAUCAAGAUCCGCCCCUGAACUCACCAAGAGCCACUGAAAACAGAUAUAGAAGAACUGAGAGGAGGCCUAUUCCGAUGCCGGCUCCUAAAAAAAUUAUAUUGCCAGGCUGCCAGCCCACUGCCUAAAGGGAGGAACUUCCCGUAACCCAACCCGGCAGUUUCGUUCGGUGAAUCGCAAGGAGGUAAGAUCGCUGUCGGCCAGCCGCCGUCCCGCAGCCUCGCACGCGGCAGCUGCCUCACGCCGCCGCAUCCCCUCACGCCGCACGACACUGCUGCGUGGUAGCUUGCUUCUCACAAUCUCACUUUUCAGCUUGUGGCCUUGUGGGAGUUCUGGCUGAGUGGCUGGCUUCCGUAGCUCCGCUAAUCGCCCCAGCCCUAGGAAACAGAUGAAUUACAACAAGCCACUAAAGUUGUUUCCAGAAGUGAUGAAGUCUCGUGGGCGUUUGCUUGGUUUAGAUGUGGGCUAUAAGUAUGUUGGUCUGGCUGUUUCUGAUUUUGAAAACAAAAUAGCAUUACCAUUGAGUGUGCUGGUUCGCAAAAAAUCAAAUAUUGACUUGAUGGCCACUGAUUUCCAGUCUCUUAUCUCUAGACUUUCUUUGGAGGGAUUUGUUUUUGGCUACCCUUUUGAUCGCCAAAAAAACAACCCCACUGCUGUGCAAGUUAAACUGUUGAUUGAUGAUCUUUCUCAAACUGGGAAACUUGAUGGUGUGAAAUAUACUUUUUGGGAUGAAAGCUUCACAUCAAAGAGUGUAGAGAUGUUAUUGAAGCCUUUAAAUUUGCACCCUGUUCAGUCGAAGACCAUAUUGGACAAAUUUGCUGCUGUUGAAAUACUUCAGGGGUACUUGGAUUUUGUAAACAGAAGUGAUCGGCUAAAGUUACAAAGUGGCAAUGCUAAUUCUUCAAUAAGAAGUGAUGGGGGAGAAUGAAGAGCAGCCAUCUCUUGUUAUUGAACCUUCAAUGCGUAAGUUCAUGUUUGGUUGGUUCAAACAUGAUACAAAGAAGAUGUCCAGAUACAAAGUCAAAUUGAACAAAGUCCAAAGAGGCAAAGAUAUGCUUGGAGGAGGUGAAAGCGGUGAUUUAUGAUUUAUGAGAGGAAAUAAUUGGGGUCCAGGCUGAUGUUUGUUAUGUCAAAGCAGCUUUGCAUUCUCAUAUUGAAGAAAUUAAGAAUUUUAGGUAUUUAGGUGGAGUUGUAAUGGUUGCAAUCAUAGCAAUUUGUAUGUUCAUUUUGAUAGUACGAGUGAAUCGAUGGAGUUGUAAUGUAGCUUAUGUAGCAUGUUUGUGCUCAUAUUUGUUCUCCUGUGGUGAUUCAUUGUAAGAAUUGUCCUGAGAAUUAUAAAAAGGAUUGAAAUAAAUUAUUUGUCAUCAUCAUUAUCCCAGUGCCACAAAGGCUCUUCACUUACGGUGGGUUAAGGUAAUAAAUUAUUUGUGUUGCA